AUGUUCUCCAUCACGCCUUCCAAUUUCGCCGCCCUACACCCGGUCCACCACCUCAUCCUCGACGAACUCAUUGCCUCUGCCCCCCACUUGGCUCUCCUCCUCUGUCGGUCAGUAUACAAACGCGUCAUCCCCAUACUCUACGCCCAUGUCCACUCUACGCCAGCUCUCUUCAAGGGUCUACAGCGAAAAACAGAAUACGAGAGGACAGAAUACGCUCUUUGCAACACAAAGUCUCUGAGCGUCGACGGCUCUACGAGUCUCCAUGCCAUCAGCGCCCUCUCGUCCGGACCAGAUCCAUUCUCUAUUCCUGAAAAGCCUCAAAAUACCCGUCCACUCUACCCUCGCCCAUACUACAUUAUGUUACCCUAUCUUGAACGCCUCGAGCUCAGCUUUUCCGCGCUACAGCCGCCGGUGGUCAGAACUGGUCCUCGCGGGCAGGGUGCUGCCACGCGCAUCGCUGACCAAAUGCCGAACGAUCUUCGGGAGAUUGUCUUCCAUCUGGACGAGGGUACGGUGGGAGCUUGGAAGGAGCUUAACGGCCACCUCAUGUCCAUAGGCCCGGAGGAAGCUGUCGUCUUUGUCAAAGGAGAGGCACGAAAAGGACAACUCGUCAAGACUCCUGAUGGCGGGCAGAAGAGAAUGACUUUUGGGCGGAUAGGGGAGAAGCUGCCGACUUUAUGGACCAACGGCCAGCUUCUUCGCGUUUUUGUCGGGACUCAAAAGCCCUGGGACUCACUCAAUGGCGAAGAGCGGGAAGACUACGCUGUCUCCAUGAGCCUGGCACUGGUCGAAUACGCUCAGGGUCUCUUCGGGGCCCACAUCGAAGGCGAAGAGUGGUUUGAGGCUGAACAGGAAGAGUCGCCUUUAGUCGCCGAAGUCGAGUUUCACUUGCCUUCUUUAAAGCAGGUGCUGGCUCAGAUGGACGGGGAAGGAAAAACGGAUGUGGACGCGCUCGUGAGGCAGGGGCGAUUGGUGUUGAAGGAGUAUGAUUUCAAGGAAGUGGAAGCGCUGGGUGAGCUGAAGUGGCGUUGGUGA